CGUCGUGUGCGGUAGACUACUGUAACCUUGACAUUACUAUUCGCGAAAUACCGUUCGUAGAGCGAGCUGUGUGGUAUACGAGUUGGUAGACAAUAACAUUAGUCAUGCACAAAAAAUGAAAUUUUGAAUGCACAAACCCGAGCUAGUUUAAAUCAAAGCUACGUGAAAAUGGCUUUAACAUCAGGCGAUGGUGCAGCAACGCAAAUGUUUCCGAAUGGUGGUGGCCUGAGUGUUGACGAUCAGUUGCCGAAUGAUGGAGCAGGAGCAAACAAUCAGCUUAAGCGACCUCAAAGGCGACCAGGAAAAGUGUUGCCUGAUCGACCACCACGUGUGUUUUACUGUCUCACAUUAAAGAAUCCUUUGCGAAAGCUGUGCAUCAAAGUGGUUGAGUGGAAGGCGUUUGAGUACCUUAUUUUAUUGACAAUAUUCGCCAACUGUGUCGCUCUUGCGACCUACACACCUUUCCCCAACGGUGACUCUAACGCUACAAAUGCACUGCUAGAAAAAGUAGAACUUGUUUUUUUGAUAAUUUUUACGCUCGAAUGCGUGAUGAAAUUAAUCGCAUAUGGAUUUAUAAUGCAUCCUGGAGCAUAUCUUCGAAGCAGAUGGAAUAUGCUGGACUUUACAAUCGUUCUAAUUGGCAUGAUCAGUACAACUUUAUCCAGUAUCAUGAAGGAUGGCUUUGACGUGAAAGCUCUCAGAGCAUUUCGGGUGCUACGACCCCUGCGAUUGGUUUCCGGAGUACCGAGCCUACAAGUGGUGCUUAAUUCUAUUUUACGUGCCAUGGUUCCGUUGCUGCACAUUGCUCUGUUGGUACUGUUCGUAAUUAUUAUUUACGCUAUUAUUGGAUUGGAACUUUUUUCUGGCAAAAUGCACAAGACGUGCUUCCACAACGUUACAGGAGAUAUGAUGGAAAAUCCUACACCAUGUGGUGAGGGGGGCUAUCAGUGUAACUCGAUUGGAUCUCAAUACGUGUGCCGUUUCUACUGGGAAGGUCCCAAUGCUGGCAUUACCAACUUUGACAACUUUGGCUUAUCAAUGCUGACUGUAUUUCAGUGCAUCACUUUAGAGGGAUGGACAGACAUGUUGUAUUACAUUGAAGAUGCUAUGGGAAGCAAUUGGCAGUGGAUUUACUUCGUAUCGAUGGUAAUUCUAGGAGCGUUUUUCGUCAUGAAUUUAAUUCUCGGUGUUCUUAGUGGAGAAUUUUCAAAGGAGCGCACGAAAGCAAAGUCUCGUGGAGAUUUUCAGAAGCUCCGCGAAAAACAGCGUAUCGAAGAAGAUUUGAAAGGAUACUUGGAUUGGAUCACCCAAGCAGAAGAUAUAGAUACGUACCAGGAUCCUCCAUUACCGGGGAAAAUCCAAGAUAGUAAAAUAAACAGCAUCAAUGCAAAUAUUGGAAAUCCGACUAAAACUAGUGUCGAAGGAUCACCAUUUCACUCUGCAAAUGACAAUCCGGAUGCAACAAUGGAUAGUGUGCAGCAACCAUCGAACUCGUGGUACGAUCGACGAUUGCGAGCAUGGGACCGACUAAAUCGUAAAAUGAGGCGAGCUUGUCGAAAAGCUGUAAAAUCCCAAGCAUUCUAUUGGUUAAUAAUUGUGCUGGUAUUUCUUAACACUGGCGUGUUGGCAACUGAGCAUUAUCAUCAACCAAAGUGGCUGGAUGAUUUUCAAGAAUAUACCAACAUGUUUUUCGUGGCGCUCUUUUCACUUGAAAUGUUUCUUAAAAUGUACAGCCUAGGAUUGCAGGGAUACUACGUGUCGCUGUUCAAUCGCUUUGAUUGCUUCGUCGUCAUAGGCAGUGUUAUCGAAGUGCUGCUGACCAACACUCAAAUGAUGCCUCCAUUAGGCAUCUCUGUACUGCGUUGCGUUCGUCUAUUGCGCGUCUUCAAAGUGACAAAAUAUUGGCAAUCAUUGUCAAACCUAGUGGCUUCGUUGCUGAAUUCAAUUCAAUCUAUUGCGUCGCUGCUAUUGUUACUCUUCUUAUUCAUCGUUAUAUUCGCCCUUCUUGGUAUGCAAGUUUUUGGUGGCCGAUUCAUCUUUAACUCUAUGGACAAUAAACCGCGUUCUAAUUUUGAUAGCUUUAUGCAGAGCCUAUUAACUGUUUUCCAGAUAUUAACAGGAGAGGAUUGGAAUGCGGUUAUGUACGACGGGAUCCAAGCAUACGGCGGUGUGGCUUCGUUUGGAAUAUUAGCCAGCGUUUACUUUAUUAUUCUAUUCAUUUGCGGCAACUAUAUUUUACUAAAUGUUUUCCUCGCAAUUGCCGUUGACAAUCUAGCUGAUGCGGAAUCACUGACAGCAGUUGAAAAAGAUGAUGAUCCAGAUACGGAGUUGGAUAGUUUAAGCAACAAACCCGAUAACAAUACAGACGAUGACGACAACGAAGGAGAAGAAGAUGAGACACAGGAAGCCGUAGACGAAAUCGUCGGAGAAAACAAUGGACUGCAAAGCAGGCUUGAUCAGGAUCUUCGUUUGAAAAAUAACGAUAAUGAAAUCGUGGACAAGACUAGUAAAAACAUUUUUGCCGUGAAAUCUAUCACCAGUGCCAACAACACUAAAACUGCAUCAACCGCGAUCGAUGAUACACAAAAAACGCGCAUCAGUAGAGUAGUUAUCCAAGAUAGCUGUGAAGCAAUCGAAAUACCAAAUGAUCACGUUUCUGUUCAUACGACCUAUGCCAAACGAUUGUCAGAAGCCGUGGUAUCCAGCAGCCCUAUACCGGUAUCGGACGAAAAAUCGCUUUUUCUUCUGAAACCUACAAACAGGUUCCGCCUGUUGUGCCAUUGGCUAUGCAAUCAUACCGUAUUUGGUAACAUCAUUCUAUUGUGCAUCAUGCUGUCUUCGGUGAUGUUGGCUGCUGAGGACCCAUUAAAUGCAAAUUCGGAGCGAAAUCAAAUUCUCAACCAGUUUGAUUUCUUUUUCACUGCGGUCUUUGCUAUUGAACUGAUUUUGAAAGUAAUUGCUUAUGGAUUUAUCCUUCAUAAAGGCGCAUUUUGCCGUUCAGCAUUUAAUUUGUUAGAUCUCCUGGUUGUCAGUGUGUCGUUAAUAUCGAUGUUCUUCAGUUCAGGCACCAUAUCGGUUGUAAAAAUUCUUCGAGUUCUACGCGUUUUGCGACCACUGAGAGCAAUAAACAGAGCAAAAGGAUUGAAGCAUGUUGUACAAUGUGUUAUUGUUGCGGUUAAGACUAUUGGAAACAUCGUUCUAGUAACGUUCUUACUACAGUUUAUGUUUGCUGUUAUAGGAGUACAACUCUUUAAGGGUAAAUUCUUUUCAUGUUCCGACCGCUCUAAAUACGAAGAAUCAGACUGUCAUGGCACAUACCUAGUUUUUGAAGAUGGUAAUGUGGACAAACCAGUUUCAAAGGAAAGAGAAUGGUCUAACAAUAGAUUUCAUUUCGAUGACGUGCAGAAAGCUAUGCUGACUCUUUUCACAGUUUCUACCUUCGAAGGAUGGCCAUCUCUUUUGUAUGUGUCUAUAGACUCUCACACAGAAAAUUUCGGACCAAUUUAUAACUAUAGGCCGCUAGUAGCAACUUACUACAUAAUCUACAUCAUUGUAAUCGCCUUCUUCAUGGUGAAUAUUUUCGUCGGUUUCGUGAUUGUAACAUUUCAAAAUGAAGGUGAACAAGAGUAUAAAAACUGUGACCUGGAUAAAAAUCAGCGUAAUUGCAUCGAGUUUGCAAUUAAAGCGAAACCUGUACGGCGCUAUAUUCCGAAUGACGAUAGGAUACAGUACAAAGUGUGGUGGUUUGUCACAUCGCAGUUGUUUGAGUAUACAAUAUUUAUUUUAAUUAUGGUAAAUACUAUUACUCUUUCCAUGAAGUUUUAUCGGCAACCACAGCCGUAUUCUGAAUGGCUAGAUUUUUUUAACUUACUUUUCACUGCUGUGUUUGCGUUGGAAUUCGUUUUUAAACUCGCUGCCUUCAGAUUUCAGAACUACUUCGGAGAUGCGUGGAAUGUGUUUGAUUUCAUAAUUGUUUUGGGAAGUUUUAUCGACAUCGUUUAUUCGGAAGUGACUACUAGUAGCGGCACAAAGGGUGCAUCUACAAUUAUAUCUAUAAAUUUCUUUCGAUUAUUCCGAGUCAUGCGUCUUAUAAAACUAUUGGCACGCGGAGAAGGUAUCCGAACACUCUUGUGGACUUUUAUAAAAUCCUUCCAAGCUCUCCCUUAUGUUGCGUUGUUGAUAGUGAUGUUAUUUUUCAUUUAUGCAGUGAUUGGUAUGCAGGUUUUUGGUCGUAUCGCCUUGGAUGACGAAACGGCGAUACAUAGAAACAAUAACUUUCAAACCUUUCCCCAAGCCAUUUUGGUUUUGUUUAGAUCUGCUACUGGAGAGGCUUGGCAAGACAUAAUGCUGGAUUGCUCCUCUAGAGCAGAAGUGCGGUGUGAUGAAAACUCAGAAGAUAAAGAGUCGAAAGAAGGGUGUGGAUCGAAUUUUGCUUUUCCUUAUUUUAUUUCGUUCUAUGUGCUUUGUUCCUUCCUUAUUAUCAAUUUAUUUGUUGCUGUCAUUAUGGAUAAUUUUGACUACUUAACACGUGAUUGGUCCAUCCUCGGUCCACACCAUCUAGACGAAUUCGUACGCCUAUGGAGCGAGUACGAUCCAGACGCCAAAGGUCGAAUCAAGCAUCUAGAUGUCGUAACCUUGUUACGUAAAAUAUCUCCACCGCUCGGAUUCGGCAAGUUAUGUCCACACAGGGUGGCUUGCAAGCGUUUGGUAUCGAUGAACAUGCCGCUAAAUAGCGACGGCACGGUUCUGUUUAAUGCGACGUUAUUUGCGGUGGUACGCACAUCGCUAAAGAUCAAAACCGAAGGCAACAUCGAUGAAGCUAACAUCGAGUUACGCCACAUUAUCAAACAAAUUUGGAAACGCACAAGCAACAAAUUGUUGGAUCAAGUAGUGCCGCCUCCGGGCAUAGAUGACGAGGUAACAGUUGGAAAGUUCUACGCAACAUAUCUCAUACAAGAUUACUUUCGGCGCUUUAAAAAACGUAAAAACUUCGAACGUUCUGGCGAAACUAGCUCGAAUAUGAAGUCGGAAAUUACAUUGAUGGCAGGACUUCGAGUGCUACAGAGAAAGGAACCGAAAUUGAGACGAAAAAUUUCCGGUACAUUACACGAAAGUGCCUCAUCAAUCAAUCCAGAGCCAACGCACAGGAGAAAUCAUAAACUUUUCGGUAUUACAUGGACAACAUCUUCCAUGCUCAAGAAACGAUGUUUCAAACAUGAAGCAAUUUUAAAUCGUGUUGGAAAAGAAAGGAAACCUACAAAAACCCCUGGGAAUUAUACUACACUCAACAAAGGUUUCCUGGAUAUCAACCAAGCUUUGCUAUUCGGUUAUAGUCUAUCUCAUGAUCACGAUCUUUUAAGUGAACAUUUCGCUAAUGGAACAAACGUUAUACUUAGUGACUGCGAUGAAAAACUUAAUCCUUUGUGUUUUGGAGAAAUUUAUUCCCAGCAAACAGGUCGUGUUUUUAAUGCAAAAGAAAGUGAUGCUUAAACAGUUUCACAUUAGUAGUACCUGGAAUAAGUUUACAAUUAUUUAUUUAAAAAUGAGUGUUAAGUUACUAAGUCAAUCUUGAUUUUUUAUAUCGAACUAGUAAGAAAUAAAUAUUUCUUC